CAGAGAGGGACGGAGACAGAGAGCAGUGUCGGUGGGGAGCAGCCAGAGGUAUGUCUUCCUCUGGAAGUUAGUAUCAACAGCAGUGGCUGAAGCCAGGCCGUGCACAGAGCAGCGGGAACCCCUUUACACCUCCACACCUAGAGCGCGUGCAUCUGCCCCUCCUCUCCACUCCUGCUGCGGUUGUUUCCAGCCGCUGUCUGGCCGCAGCGGUCCGCCUGGAACAUCUCCGAUGUACCGCGGCGGCUGCCAGCAGGCGUCUGGAGCCUCCCACCCGCCACACGGUGCAAUGCAACACAGGCAAGUACUCCCAGGGUGUCCCGCUACGGCUAACGGAGCUCUUUAAUACAUGGGAGGUAAAAGCCAUGACAUGCCGAGUCACAUCUGGGGCCUCAGUGCGGAUGUUUUUUUGCUAACUCCCGGCCGUUGGUACAUGUUUCUUCCGUUCACUUGUAAAGGGAGCUUCCCCUGGUUAACUGUCGUUUCCCUGCUGCUGUGGGCUGUUUUUGGGGAAUUCAUGGCAUAUUAAAGUAACGUGAAAGCCUUCAAGCAAGAAGACAGAGAAAGGAUACACAGUUGGCGUUUUCUCUUGAAGGAAUUACAGUAUCUGCUCUGAGCACCACCGGUUGAACACAGCCGUUAUUGGAACCGUUACAGGAGUUGAAUUCUUUUAAGUGGUUUGGGAGAAAGGCGUGUUCUUCCAUGUUAAUAACUUAUUCUUUAAAGUUUCUCGUGUUUUGGACCGUUUCAUCAACAUGGUGAUCUUCAACGGGCAGCUGAAGAUCAAGAUCUGCGAGGCGCUGGACCUCAAACCGACGGCGUGGUCCCUACGUCACGCCGUCGGCCCCAAAACCCAGACGUUUCUCCUGGACACAUACAUCGCCCUUAACGUGGACGACUCACGCGUGGGCCAAACCUCAACCAAGCAGAAGACCAACAGCCCCGCUUGGAAUGACGAGUUCACUACGGAGGUCCACGACGGCUGCAAAAUUGAGCUGUCCGUCUUCCAUGAUGCACCCAUUGGAUACGACGACUUUGUGGCCAACUGCAUCAUCCAGUUCGAGGACAUCCUGCACAACGGGAGCAAGCACUUCGAGGACUGGAUUGACCUGGAGCCAGAGGGGAAGGUGUACGUUGUGAUUGACCUAUCAGGAUCUUCCAGUGAAGCUGCUGCAGGCUCCCCAGAAAAUGAAGAAAGGGUGUUUCGGCAGAGGAUGCGUCCCAGAAAGCGUCAGGGUGCUGUUCGUCGAAGGGUCCACCAGGUUAAUGGACACAAGUUUAUGGCCACCUACCUGAGACAGCCCACCUACUGCUCCCACUGCAGGGACUUCAUCUGGGGCGUCUUAGGAAAGCAGGGCUACCAGUGUCAAGUCUGCACCUGUGUGGUCCAUAAGCGCUGUCAUGAGCUCAUCAUCACAAAGUGUGCAGGCAUGAAGAAGCAGGAGGACGCAGUUGGAGAGCCAGUCGGGUCUCAGAGGUUCAGCGUCAACGUGCCGCACAAGUUCAGCAUCCACAACUUUAAAGUUCUCACCUUCUGUGACCACUGUGGCAGUCUGCUGUGGGGUCUGCUGCGACAGGGACUGCAAUGUAAAGUGUGUAAAGUGAAUGUACACAGGCGCUGUGAGAGUAAUGUAGCCCCUAACUGUGGUGUGGAUGCCAGAGGGAUCGCGAAAGUCCUCUCUGACCUCGGGGUCACACCAGACAAAAUCUCCAACAGCGCCCAGAGACGGAAAAAGCUUUCUCAGGGUCAGGAUCCUGUGCAGCCACUAUCAGGGACGCCUAAGACAGAAGACGAUCGCUGUAAGUCAGCCCCCACCUCACCAUGUGACCAAGAUGCAAAAGAGCUAGAGAACAUCCGGAAAGCUCUCUCAUUUGACCACAGAGGAGAAGAGCACAAACCGCACCCCCUUUCCUCUGCCUCAUCUGUAGCUACGGUAACAGAGAACAGGCAUGGAGCUGGAGGAGGAGAAGUGGGCGGCGUUGCGGUGGAGGUCAAAGGAAGCCGGGAGAACGGAGAAGUCAAAGGUCACACCGCUCCUGAAAUCAAGAGGAUGAACCUGCAUGACUUUGUGUUCAUCAAAGUCCUGGGAAAAGGCAGCUUUGGAAAGGUGAUGCUGGCUGAGCUGAAAGGCAGUGACGAGGUUUAUGCUGUCAAAGUGUUAAAGAAAGACGUGAUCCUCCAGGAUGAUGAUGUGGACUGCACUCUGACAGAGAAACGGAUCCUUGCCCUGGCCAGAAAACACCCGUACCUGACACAGCUCUUUUGCUGCUUCCAGACUAAGGACCGGUUGUUCUUUGUGAUGGAGUAUGUGAAUGGAGGUGACCUGAUGUUUCAGAUUCAGCGAUCAAGGAAGUUUGAUGAAGCUCGAUCUCGUUUUUAUGCUGCUGAAGUCACGUCUGCGUUGAUGUUCUUGCACCGACAUGGAGUCAUAUACAGGGACUUGAAAUUGGACAACAUACUGUUGGAUGCUGAAGGUCACUGUAAGCUUGCAGACUUUGGGAUGUGCAAGGAGGGCAUCCUAAAUGGAGUCACGACAACCACCUUCUGUGGGACGCCAGAUUACAUCGCACCUGAGAUCCUUCAAGAGCUGGAGUACGGCCCAUCAGUUGACUGGUGGGCUCUGGGAGUGCUGAUGUAUGAGAUGAUGGCAGGCCAGCCACCGUUUGAAGCUGAUAAUGAAGAUGAUCUGUUUGAGUCCAUUCUCCAUGAUGACGUCCUCUACCCUGUCUGGCUCAGCAAGGAGGCUGUGUCUAUUCUAAAAGCUUUCAUGACUAAGAGUCCUAAUAAGCGUCUAGGCUGUGUGGUUGCUCAGGGUCUGGAGGAGGCCAUUAAAAUCCAUCCUUUCUUCAGAGAGAUCGACUGGACACUGCUGGAGCAGAGGAAGAUCAGACCUCCAUUUAAACCACGCAUUAAAACCAAAAGGGAUGUGAAUAAUUUUGACCAGGACUUUACACGAGAAGAGCCUGUCUUGACGCCUGUGGACAACAACAUCAUCAAGCAGAUCAACCAAGAUGAGUUUAAAGGAUUCUCCUACUUUGGAGAUGAGACUGUGGCCUAGACACAAACCCACUGACACAUAAACACAACAAACAAAACAUGCAUUAACACACCAAAUACAAGUAAGGAGAAAAAAGAUGGCCACUACAGAGAGGCCUCCUGUACUGCUCCAGGUUCCAACCACUCCAGGAAUUAUACUAAACCAUUCACAUCUAUCUUUAAGGAUUUUGUGCUCUUGUUGUUUGUACAUCUGUGCAUAUCCCAUCAAAAUGAAUGCUCGAGCAGCAUGUGAGCAGGUCAGAAACAGUAAGUAAUGACAAAUUCUCCUUCACUUGGUCUGGAUACAUUUCUGCAAGGCAAACAGAGGACUGAAUGUUUUCAGAGGGGUGUAGGUCAUUGACUGUUGUGGUGUGUGUAUGAGAGAGAUAAUGUGUGUACUAGCAAGCCUGCAUGUGUAGCUGUAUACCUCUGGAAAGAGUAAGACAGUAAUUUCUAUACAUGAUGUGAUGUAUCCUGUGUCCGUCUCUGUGCUUAAAGAAUUUAUCUCUUCCCUUAAAUUUUAUGUGAGUUUAAAAGAUUAACCAAGGAUUGUAUUUAGAGAGAAAAGUCCUAAAAGUUAGUUCUCUAUAAAAGGAAAUGCAAAAAAUCAGGGUUUUUCUCUGGUGAAAUCAUGAUAGAAAUAGAUAUGUCUCUCCAUUACUUUGAAUUUUAGAGUCACUUAAAUGUUAGAUUAAAAAGAUGCACCAAAAAGAGUGACAAUUUGUCUUUUUAUUUCAGCUUUUUUAAUGCAGAGAAAGGAUUAAGGUAUUUAUUUUCUCCUCAUAUUUUAGCUUUUCUACACCUCAGCAAUCACUCUCAUUAUUAAGAAACAAACGGUACCACAGCCACCAGCUAACAAACCUGCAGUAGUUCCACACUGAAGUGUCUAGAGUUGUGUGCACUUAUACUUUAGUGUUUUCCAUAUAGUUUGAUCCUUUAAUAGAGAUAGUUGUCCAAUGAAGCCAUAUGACAUUUAUCUAAAUUUUCUAAAGGGAUCCCCUGGAAAAAAAUGACAUUGAAAUGCCUUUGUGUGUGCUCAGUGAUUGUGUAACUGAUUACUGUACUUGACAUGACAAACCAAACCCCCAUGAUUCCACAUGAAUGUGGUAGCAAAUGUGACUGACUGUGAUAAACUGAAUGUAUUUUGUGUUUAUGUAUGUUUCAUAAUGUUUUUUCUUUAAUUUAAAAUAGCUUUUUGUUUUUCUAGCUGUGUUGUUUUUACUGGAUUGUCCUGUUGUUUCAGACAUUUUAGAAAUCUUAAGAUUUUGCCAGAUCAAAAACUCCCAGUCAUAUGUUCGAUCACCUUUGUUCAGCCCGGGCUUACAAACUUCUAACAAUUCUAAUACAGCAGCCGCACCAAGACACAACAUAUGAAGAUGUAGUUACUGCCUGGCAUCAGUUUGAUUAUUGCAGCUGCCUCACAGCAAGGAGGUUCAGUGCCUUUCUGUGUAGAGUUUGUUCCCCCUGUGCAUGUGUGGGUUCUCUCUGGGCACUCCUACUUCCUCCUACAGUCCAAAAACAUGCUUGCUGAGUUAAUACAUGACUGAAUUUUUAGUGUUAAUGCCUGGGGAUUUGUCUCAGCCCUGUGAUUGAGAGGCACCCAGUCCAGGCUGUACCCUGCCUCUCAUCAAUUGACUCUAUCACUGAACCUUUCAAUUAAAGCUUUAUAAGAAAAGGUUUUAUCGAGGGAUGCACAGUAUGGGAUUUUUGCAGAUAUUCGAUAUGCCAAUAUUUGCAGAUUAAUUUUGGCCGAUACCAAUACAAAUGAACAAAUUUAGGUUCCCAAAACAGGCUUAAAGUGUAAGGAAUGAUGAUAAAUAAAGAUCCUAAAACUCUACAAAAUUAUUGGUGUGGUUGCCAAUAUUUACAGCUGAUAUAGGCUGAGUUUUAAAUCGAAAAUAUCAGUUGUAAAUAUCCACAGAAAUGUUCAAAUCUACCAAUAUCAUGCUGAUAAUAAUGUGCAUCAUUUUUGUAUUGUUAUUAAAAGCCUGUGGUUUUGUUGUAGUAUUGUAGAUUACACAACUGAAAUAGAAGUUAUCUACCUAAACACUAAAUCUGACUUUCAAACAGAUUCCACCUAAGAUGGACCUUUUGGUUAUAAAUCUCAUCCAUUUUUAAAACAGUUAUCAACCAAAACCACCACAGCAGGUGGACUUAGGUCACACUAUUCUACACUCUCUGAACUUAAAAAAAAGGCGAAGAAGACAUCCAGAAAUAAUGCCAGAGGAGUAUGUAACAUGUCCUACUAUAAAGCUUAAGGCCCCUGAACUAGCUGCUGUUUUUGACUAGUUGGCAGUAAUCCAAAAAGAAAGGUGAAACAGUAUUUAAACUAGCAUACAGAUGUUAAUAUAUUCUGCAGGUUAGGUUGAUGACUCUAGUAAACUGAAAUGAAAUCAAAACAUGUCAAAGAAUUUCAGUGUGCAAUUCUCUGGAAAAAGUUUACAUUUUUUUUUUCUUAUACUUCUUCACCUUUCUUAUAAUUUUCUCUUGCCUGUUUUUUGUCCUCUUUGACUCAUCCACUUCUCUGUGCCUCGUUUUGGUCACAUGUGAGAAAUAUUUCCCCCUCACACAGUCAGUUAACCAGUGUCAGCCUGUGUCUGAAACAUUCCCUCCAAUGACAUCCAUGACAUUGGAAGAAUAACCUGAAGGGUUACUGUAGGAAAAUAAAAUGUUGACCUAACUGGUACAGCAAGUGUAGAAAGUAAUCCAGCACUAUUCAAAACACUGUAUUAGCCAUUAUGUUUUGCUGUGCGCCAGGUGAAGAGCAUCUUAUGUAAGGUUCAAGGUGUCUUUAUUUGUACCUAAAGAGGUCAGUUAGUGCAGACAGGAAUUUUGAAUUGACAUUUGACAUAAACUAACAUUAAAAUGUAAAACAAACAUCAAUGAUUAAAUCAAGCCCUGAUAAAGUGCUUCAAAGAGUCUGAAAUAGCAAAUAUAAUAUCCUCGUGGAGUUAGUGCAUAACCUUGUGCUGGUUUUGUUGAGAAGAGCUAUAGCUGCAGGUACAAAAGUGUCCCUGUAGUGUUUUAGAGCAUAGAAUCCAAAAGUCAGAGUUUAGAGGAUGAGAACAGUGGUGGAGAUAGGUUGAUAGGUUGAGUUGAGGCUCAUCUGUAAGCUUAUUUGCUCACUUCACAGCUAAGCAUUUUUUUUUUUAAAGAUAGGUUACCAGAUCAAGAAACAUAGGAAAAGACAAGGAAUAUUCAAUAAAAGCUUCAACAUCAAAGUUUAAUUGAUGUGAAAACAAAUGAGUUUCCAAAAACAAAAUAGAUGCUGAUGGGCUUUUUUUUUUACAGACUGCCUUACAAUUCUAGUUAAAGACCUGUUUGGAGUCUAUAACUUCCAAGGCAUUCAUGUUGUGAAACCAUGUAAUGCAGGUAACACAAGAUUUUAGUGGGCCCUAAUUACCUAGUGGUGUAAUGGUAUUGAGUGGUAAUUAUCUAGUAAUUUCUCAAGAAUAAGGUGUAAUUACAUCGUAAUAAAUUGGUAUUUUACCAAGAAUAACUUUGGAAAUAUGGUCAUAUUAAGGAAGUAUUCAUCUAGUAAUAAUGUAUUAAUUAUCAAGUGAGUCUUCUUGAUAUUUAUUCGAUAUCACUUGGUAAAAUACAUCCUUAUUACCAGAAAAUUGAUACAGUAUUAUAAGGGUUAGGUUCAGGGGUCAGAGGGUAAGGGCUAGGGUAAAAUACCAACAAAUCACCACAGAAUCGACACAGUAUUACAAGGGUUAGGUGGAUAGAAUUGGGGUAAAAUGCCACCUAUUUACCAGAGAAUUGCUACAGUAUUAUGAGGAAUUACUUGAUAACUUCUAUAUUAUUACAAGGUAAAUAAUUCCUUGAUAUUACUGAGUUAUUUUUUGGUAAAAUGCCAUCUUAUUACUAGGUAAUUACCACUUUAUUCUUGAGAAAUUAUGAAAUAAUUACACUUGUCACAAUGAAUUAGGGCCCUCUAAAAUGAAGUGCUACUACAGUUUAUAAAAACAAUGUGGUUAUUGUCUUCAGGUUACAUAGCAUUAUGUGUUGGUGGCAUGCCAUAUUUAAAGCAAUGUUACCACUGAUUUUAAAACUGUUUUUAUGUAGGUGUUCUAAUAAUACUUCCUUUCCAUUACUUGACAAACUUUGUACACAACACCCCAGACAUUAUUAUUAGCUGCAAACUCAAGCAUUUUUUUCUCUGAAAUUAUUAAGAGCACAUGUGUUGCUUAUGUUUUAAAAAUACAUAUGUAACUGUAAAGUACUCAUUUAAACUGAAGAUAAAUUGAUAAAAUAUAUCCUUGUUGUUACAAACCUAGCCUCGCAGUUUUGGUCCAUAAACAGGUGUGGAUUAUUUUUAAGUAUUACGUCCAUUUACUGCCACCAACAUGCAGCAGUCUUGGAAGUAUAACUUUAUUCUCCAUAUCCUGAGAUACAAAGAAAGAAAGAUGUUCUCCCUUCACUUAUUUCCAUCUGCCUUGCCCUAGCACUCUAGUGCAUGACACUGUGUAGCGUUAAAUCAUAGCAGGUGCUGUAGCGGUAAUAAUGGGAGUAGAUGUCUGAUACAGUCACCAUACAUGGACACACAUUAAAGUUUAACACCAGUUAAACAGUUUUAAAACCCAGCAGCCUCCACAUAAACAGACUCUUCAGCCCAUUAUUACUCUUUUCUUCUCUUUCCAUAAUGUGUCUCUUGAUAUGUGUCUGUUUAGUUUUCAUAUUAGAACAUUUUGACUGGAUUGCACACUGCAACCCAGGAGGGAUGUUGUCUCCCUGAAGUCCUCAUAGCUGAAUGACACAUUUUCCAUUCAUAGUCCCUUUAAGUAUUUGUUUUUAUGUAAAGAUACAACAAAGGAAUUUGUGUGAAAAGUUAGAGAAUCAAGUAGAAAUCAGCUUUCACAUCAGUCAUGAUAGAAAUAGUGAGCUAAAUUCUAACAGAGUCAAACAUCUUCCUCAGUCAUAUGCAGAGUAUAACUAUGUUUUUAGUUUCAGUCCCUGUAUUUGUGAAGCUUUGUUUGUACAUGUCAUAUAUCCUAUGGUUUUUUCAUAUGAUUUCCCUUCAUUUGUGUUCGUGCAAUUUUUUUUUCCUUUUCGCUGUGUGCCAAAUGUACUGUAUUUUUCAAAGAUGUGAAGGUGCAUUUUGAUUUUGAAACAAAUUAAAAAUCAUGAUG